GAGCCGCACCCCCCAGAUACCGAGACACCGUCAGAGAGCCGCACCCCCAGAUACUGACAGAGACAGAGCCAGGGCUGUAUCCCCAGAAAGAGCUGUAUUCCCCGGGACCGAGCGCUGCUGUCUCCGCCUGACAAUGAUCGAAUCCAGCCUGAAGUUCGACCCGAAAAGAGAUGAAGUCAAUGGUUUGGCUGAGGAAAUGGUCUUUCUUCCAGCAAGUAACCAGAAGAAACUGGAGAAGCGCAACCCAAAAGAGGUGAAGCUAAUCGUGGGGCUGGUAAUUGGGGCUGCUCUCCUCUCUCUGAUGAUUGGGCUUCUUGUUUGGCAUUUUCACUUUCGCCCAGAUAAUCGAAUUAAGAAAAUGUACAGUGGCUAUCUUAACAUCAGCAACCACAAGUUCACGGAAGAGCUAGAGGAUUCAGAUUCUGAAGAAUUUAAGAAACUUGCAGCCACAGUGGAGGAAAUGCUUCAGGAAACCUACAUGGGAGCAGAAGGAAUAGCUCCAUAUUACGUUCGUUCUACAAUCACUGCAUUCAGCGAAGGCUCUGUGAUUGCUUAUUAUUGGCUUGAAUGCCGAGUCCCACCAGAGAAUGAGGCUGAAUUUGAUGCAGAAAUUGAAGCUUUAUCAAAGCAGAGGAACCGCAGGUUUAAAACAAACAUGCAUUCUAGCUCAUUAAGGAUUUCCCAGUUGGUGGUCGAUCGUGCUGAUCCAAGAAAGGUGAAGCCUCCAAAGGACAAAAGCUGCUCUUUUGACCUGCAUGCAGUACCUGGAAAGAUUGGCACAUUCACUUCACCAGGUUUUCCAAAUUCUCCCUACCCUGCCAACUCCUGGUGUCAGUGGGCAAUACGAGCAGACCCUGACCAUAUCCUGGAGCUCAACUUUGUGACCUUUGACCUGGAAAAAACCUGCCAGAAUGACUUUGUCACAGUUUAUGACUCAUUGAGUCCAAUUGAAAAACGUGAAAUAACAGAGCGCUGUGGUAUCUAUCCUCCAACAAAUGCACUCAAGUUGAUGUCCUCUCGCAAUGUGAUGCUUGUAACUCUGAUAACUGACGAAGAUGAGAAUUACCCAGGAUUUAAAGCAGAGUUCAAACAGAUUCCAAAAACUAAAGAGUGUGGAAAAAUUCUGGAAGGAUCUGGGAACUUUUCUACCCCAUACUACCCUGCCUAUUAUCCACCUCGAGCAGACUGUACCUGGACCUUAAAGGUGCCUCCUUCCAUGCGGAUAAAAGUGGAGUUCAAGGUGUUUCUUCUUCAAGAGCCAGUGAAUGGAGUCUGCAACGAUUAUGUGGAAGUAAAUGACCAGAAGAUCUGUGGAAAGCAAUCAACACAAAUUAAACUGGGUCAUGGAAAUGAGAUGACAGUGAGAUUCCACUCUAAUGAAGCAGAGUCAGAUCGGGGAUUUUUUGCUACCUUUGAAUCUUACGACCCGAGUACAUUCUGUACCGACAAGUUAGCUUGCAAGAACGGCAAUUGUAUUGGGAAGGACCUGAAGUGUGAUGGCUGGAACGACUGUGGGGACCACAGCGAUGAAAUUGGCUGCAUUUGCACCAAAGACCAGUUCAGGUGUAAUAUCGGUCUGUGUAAAUCCAUGUUCUGGAGAUGCGAUGGUGUUGACGACUGUGGUGAUAACAGUGAUGAGAUGAAUUGCGAGUGUGAUGCUGAAGAGAUGAAAUGUGCAAAUGGAAAGUGUAUCCCUAAGGAACAAAAAUGCAAUCGGGUUAGUGAGUGUGGAGACGGAAGCGAUGAGAAAGAUUGCAAGAAUGAACAAGGUUUGGUCCCCUGCACCUCUAAUACCUACAGUUGUAAGAAUGGUCUCUGCAUCCAAAAGAAGAAUCCAGAGUGUGAUGGAACAAAGGAUUGUGAAGAUGGUUCAGAUGAGCAGAACUGCAGUUGUGGAUAUCGGCCAUACAGGCACUCUCGUAUUGUGGGAGGUGUGGCAGCUGAGCCCGGUGAAUGGCCAUGGCAGGUCAGCCUCCAUUUGAAGAACAAAGGAAACGUAUGUGGAGCCUCAGUGAUAUCUAAUCGCUGGCUUGUAUCAGCUGCACAUUGUUUCCAGGACGCAAGAGAUAUCAAAUAUUCUGAUCCUAAUAUCUGGGUUGCUUACCUUGGGCUGCAUGUUCAGUUGCAGUUGAAUGAACAAGUAGUGAUGGGCAAUAUCAAACAGAUCAUUGUUCAUGAGUCUUACAGUCCACAGACAUUUGAUAAUGAUAUUGCUCUGUUGGAGUUGUCUAGUCCUGUAACCUUCUCGAGUGUCAUUCAGCCCAUCUGCCUCCCAGUUGCAUCUCAUAACUUCCCCGUUGGGAAAACUGUCACGGUCACAGGCUGGGGGAGACUAAAGGAAGGUGGUCCUGAGGCCACAGUCUUGCAGCAAGCUGACUUACGAAUCAUAAAGAAUCAGGUCUGCAAUAAGUUUCUGAGCACUGUUGUGACCUCCCGCAUGUUGUGCGCUGGAUUUUUGAGUGGAGGCAUCGAUGCAUGUCAGGGUGACUCUGGAGGACCCUUGUCCAGUGUGGAGAGUAAUGGAAAGGUGUUCUUAGCUGGAAUUGUCAGCUGGGGAGAUGGAUGUGCGAGAAGGAAUAAACCAGGAGUCUACACUAAGGCUGAAAAAUUUCGGGAGUGGAUCAGGAAACACUCUGGAGUUUAGUUUGUGCUAAAUGUCACUCAAUCACAUGCUGAGUAUUUGGAAUCUCACUCCGCCCUGGGUCACCAGCUGCACUGAUCCAUCUGAGGACUGAAGUUAAGAGCACACUUUCACUUUUGUCUGUGCCAAUUGAUUUCUGGUAUUGAAGUUCUUUUCCAACUUGUAGAUAAUGUACAAAAUUCCAUGAAGGCAUCCCCAUGAGUGAUGAUGUUCUGUGGGACGUUUGGCUACUUAACAUGUUAAUGAACCAGUAAAUACUCUCUAUGUGUAAUGGGCAUAUAGACAAUGAGAACAUCGGCCUGGGAUAUUCCAGAAUGCCCACCCUCCCACUUCCACACAACUCCCUCCGUAAAUCAAUGGAAUUCAUGGAGUGCAAUAGACGAUGUGGGCAAGGACAGAUGGACUGACUGGGCGGGUGGGAUAGAUGUACUGUGCUGGGUGGUGUAGGAUGUAUGGGAUUGUGUUGGUCAGGGGGAAGCAGACUGUAUUGGGGAUUGAAGGACACACAGGCAGACACUGCAUUGGGGAAGUGUGUCAGCCUGCAAUGCCUUAAAAUCUCAACUUUGUAAAAUAAUUAGAUUCUUUGAUGUAACAAUAUUUUCCAUUUGUUUUUAAUGUUUAUUUACAUUCGAUUGUAUGUGGUACACUUGAUCAGAAAAUAUCUGGAACCCAGAAUUAUUUUCUGAAGAUUAAAUACUGGCACCUCCUGGCAAUUCCUGAAGAAUUCUACCAAUUCUGUGAUGAGGAUAUGAUGGUUGAUUUUUCUAACUUUGUUUGACUAGAUUGACAUAAAUAACAACUGUGAGAAUGAGUAACUAGGGUUGGCCUCAUCACUGUUAUGAUUUAUUAAUUCAAGAUAAACAUUCUACACAAAUUCCAGCUAUUUUACACAAUGAAACUUUGCCCAUCUCUUAAUAUGGAAAUACGUAUAGCAGGCUCCUACUCUGCUCCUUUAAAUGUCUCUUUACUGAAGUUGGACCACUUCGGUGCUCCCUGGAGAAAGAACUGGCAUCAGUCAGACCUCAAGGUGUAACUUGCUUCUCUGACUUUUGACUUCAGACAGGAAGCACAGAAGGAAAGGUCUGGAAAGAGUAGAGUGCUUGUGUUAGGUUAGUCAGUGUUUCCAAUGUAUGAAUUCUGAUGAUCAUCCAGGUCAGAUAACUGAAUAUGCUGACAGUGACUGAGGAGUUCUUACAGUCAAAGCAUCUUCCUCAAUCUAGUUAGAAAAAGCAAAACUGACCACUUGCAUAAAUCAGACUCUCUCAUGAGAUGAGUUGGUUGAACAGCUCAAUAAACUCCUUUAUCGGCACAGGGCUAUGUUGGGUCUGUGUGAAAGAUGUGGAUCAAAGAAAAUGGAAGUGUCUUCUUUAUACGAUGUGUCUGUGUUUUAAAUCUUGCUCUCUGAUUUCACAUUACAGGUUCUUGCUCAGCACUCUUUUUUUUAUUUUAUAUUAAAUUUUUCUACGUAAAAUAAACAAUAAUCAACUGUUUUAUCUUA